AUGGCGAUGAUGAUGACUGGCCGUGUGCUGCUGGUGUGUGCCCUCUGCGUGCUGUGGUGCGUUGCCGGCGGUGUUUAUGCGAGGGACGUUGACACCAACGCACUGGGUGUUUGCAUAACCUCGGGAGUGUUGGGUGAGAAUGGAUCCCACAUGCCUGACGGAUGUAAUAAAACUGUGAUUACGAUGCCUUUGCGGUCAGUACUGCCCAUUACUGCCGUCGAAGCCUCGGCUGGAGAAGGUGCUUCUCCUUCUGCUUCUGCUGGCGCUGCCGGGGCUUCUGGUGCCUCUUCUGGUGCUGUUGAUACAGGUGGAGAUUCUGAUGCUGGUGGAGGCGGUGGAACUUCUGCUGGAGGUCAAGGCAGCGGUGGCAUUCCUCCCGCCCCUGCUCCUCCUCCUGGUCCUUCUGGUGGAGGCGGUGGCAAUUCUUCUGGUUCUGCUCCCGUUCAUCCUCCUUCUCCUCCUGGUCCUCCUCCUGCUGUUUCUCCUGGUGCUCUUCCUCCUGCUGCUCCUGCUGUUGAUUCUUCAGCUAGCAGCAGUGGUGGUGAAGCGGGGUCCUCAGGCAGUAAUCCAACUAAAACAACAGGGGACUCUUCAACAGGAGAUCAGUCGUCUGCUGCAGCAGCGGCUAACGACUCCUCGCCACCCGAAGGACCGGCAGGAACGACAUCCGGCGCUGAACACACACGACAAGAAGAAGAAGAAAAAGAAGAAGAGGGAGAAGAUCAUGAAAAGCAGCAGCAAAGUGAUGAAGCACAAGUCCAACAACAUCAACAGCAUGAACACCCCGCGGAAAAUGGCGAAGAAUCCGCGAAGGAUACAAACGCCCUUCGUACAAAUGCCACCGCAAAUACAGGCGACAGUGACGGCAGCACCGCGGCCUCCCACGCCACCUCCCCUCUUUUGCUUCUUCCUCUUGUUGUUGCGGCUGCGGCUACUACUGCAGUGGUGGUGGCCGCGUGA